CCAGGUGAGUCACGUGGGCGGGGCCCGGAGAGGGCGGGGCCAAGGCCCUCCUCCUUCUCCUCCUCCCCCUCCCCCCCGCCGCCUCUAUAAAUGAGGACCGGCCACAGCAUCCUCACCUUGUCUGCUCUUUUCAUCAUCCUUCUGCACACAACAGCUUCCUGCCCAGCACCCAUGGACCCUCAGAACUGCGGCUGUGCCCCUGGUGGCUCUUGUGCCUGUGCGGCAUCCUGCAAGUGCAAAGACUGCCGGUGCACUUCGUGCAAGAAAAGCUGCUGCUCCUGCUGUCCGGUUGGAUGUGCUAAGUGUGCCCAAGGAUGUGUCUGCAAAGGACCCCAGACCGACAAGUGCAGCUGCUGCCAGUGAUGUGGGAACCUCCUUGUAAAUACUGUUGUUUGUACAAAUCUGGUUUUCACUGUGCUGAAAGUUUUUUUUUUCUACUUUUCUAUAAAAGUUAAAUAAAAAUACAAUUACCGAAA